GUUUAUCAAAAUUGACCUAUAAGGCCUCACAUGAAGGUUAACCUUUCUGUUGAAGUGUAAGGUAUCAUGAUGCAGUGAAGGCAUCGUUUGCAAGCAUGGUUAUGUUAUUGGUUGCAAAGUUGACGAAUUGAAAUGAGCGCUUGGUACAACGCCCCAUUGCAAGAGAGAAAGACAAGAGAGCGAGAGUCAUGUAAUCACAACACAGUUUUCGUCGUCGCGCCUGGGUCAUGACGUUUCUCGCGAUUGUCUGGUGCGAAUCGUUUCCAUAAGAAUAAACAACAUCGCGCAGGGGGCAAAGAAAACGGCUGGAUUCCUCAGAUAUUUGAAAUUGGUUAUCCACACUGAAAGAAAUCUUUUUUUUCGUCUCGAGCUUUCUUCUUGGCUGAUUUCUGUGCAUUAAGUUAUGUCAACAGCUGCACUAAUCACCUUGUGUAGAUCUGGUGGCUUUCAAGUGAGAAGACGAGGAUUAUUGACCUUCAAGUUGCUUCAGGACGAAAAACGGCUGGUAGUUCUUUACCAUACUACGACUGGUGAUCGAAGGUCAUCUCGGUUUGAUGUAGAUGGUGGUGGCCGUAUAACACCAUGGGAUUCUUUUGGUAUUUGGGACAACCGCAUCGAUGAACCAAUUCUGCUUCCACCAAGCAUAAAAUAUGGCAAACCCAUUCCAAAUGUUAGCCUGGGAAAAGUUGGGUGCGUUACUCAAAUAGGCCAACGCAGAGAAAAUGAGGACCGUUUCAAUAUUGGAAUGCUGACUGAUAACGUGAUGUAUUUUGCAGUAUAUGAUGGACAUGGUGGAACAGCGGCAGCUGAUUUUUGUGACAAAUACAUGGCUAAGUAUAUUGUGAAAUGCCUUUCGCAGGAGGAAGAUCUGGAAAUCGUGCUGACUAAAGCAUUUUAUGAGACGGACAAGGAAUUUGCAAGACAAGUUCAUUUAUCUAAAAAUGCUAUUAAAUUUAAUUCUCUAUCAAAGUCUGCAGGAAUUAUGAAUUUAAAUGCAGCCUCCUUCCUUGCCUCUGGGACAACUGCCACGGUGGCUCUUUUACGUGAUAGUAUUGAGCUUGUGGUGGCAAGUGUGGGUGAUAGCCGGGCAAUUCUUUGUCGUAAGGGAAACCAUAAGCGGCUGACUGAGGACCACACUCCAGAAAGAAAGGAUGAGAGGGAAAGGAUAAAGAAAUGUGGAGGAUUUGUUUCAUGGAAUAGUCUGGGCCAACCACAUGUAAAUGGGAGAUUGGCUAUGACUCGCAGUAUAGGAGAUCUAGCUUUAAAAUCUGUCGGAGUCAUUGCUGAGCCAGAAACCAGGCGAGUUAAGCUACAACAUGGAGAUGAUGCUUUCUUGGUUUUAACAACAGAUGGAAUUAACUUUAUCAUGAACAGCCAAGAAAUCUGUGACCAUAUCAGUCAAUGCCAUGAUCCAAUAGAGGCUGCCCAGGUUAUCGUUGAACAGGCCCUACAGUACGGUGCAGAAGAUAACAGUACAGUAGUUGUAGUUCCAUUUGGUGCAUGGGGGAAACACAAGAACUCUGGCAUCAGCUUUUCAUUCAGCCGAAGCUUUGUCUCCAGUGGAAGAUGGGCAUGAAAUUACAACACUGGAAAGACUAUCAUCUGAAUGCUGCACAUUAUUUAGUUUUGAAAAUACUAUCCACUUUAAAAACCACCUUCAAAGACUAUAUGCAUAAUGUUUUCAUUUGGGGUGUGUCAGUCAUGUGAAGACUUGUAAUGUGAAUAAAGGCAGCUAGCUAGAUGUAUAAUUAAAGCUUUGCUGUGUCAUUUGAAGCAACAAAAAAACUGGACCGAAUUGUUGAUCAUUGGAGAAAACUAGGCAGCAGUAUUUGAAAUCCAUUACUUGAUCAUUUUAGAUGUCGUACGGUAUGAAAAUGGUCAACCCCUAUAAUUUUUUUAAGAUUUUAGGACAGUAAAAAUAUUUGGUUAUAUUCAACUCAAUGUAAUAAUACAAAGAAAAUUUGGAUGAGUUUUCAGAUCUGGCACAGAAAUAGGGUUAUCGGCUGUCCACAUUGAAUGCUGUAUCUGCUGCCAGGAAUAGGGGAUAAAUUGUUCAUUUACGCUGGGACCUAAUGACCUCUGAACUAAUACUGUUUAUCCAAUAUAGCUUGAUAAACCCCAUUUGUGGCAGGAACUAUUUAAAUGGUUUAAAAGUAUCACUUGUCUAGGUCAAACUUUUCCUUGCGAUACUUUUUAGCUAAAUGGUGGGUUCCCCCCCCUCCCCUCCCAAAUACAAAAGCACUUUUGCUUUCUUUAUUUACCUUUGUUUACUUGGUAUGGCACCAUGAAGUAAGCUUGGGACAAGAGUUGAUUUCACAUAAACUAAAUGUGGUUGAUAGUAAUUUAAGCCUAAUUUGUCGCUUUAAGCUCAACUCGUAAUGUUAAACAUGAGGGGAAAUUGUCCUGCUGUCGGUGGACAUGAUUCCUUGCACUUGAUGAGUUUGUGGCUAUCUCAGAGGUUUCUGCACCACAUAUUGGUGCCUUUCCAAAUCUCUGCCAGAAUGGUAGCGUGAGAUGUGACCAGAAUAAAUGUAUUGGUGUGCCUUUUUAGCCAUAUCUACUUCUGCAUUAACCUUUGGUGGAUUUGAGAAGCUUGAAUGUUGACAGUGUUUGGAAAGGUGAAAGUUUCAGUAUGAAACUUGACCAGAAAGGGUUACAUUGUUACUCUUGUGCUUCAGAAUCUGGAUUGCUCCUUUGAAACACGUCAAGUGGGUUUCUGUGUAAAUGCAUUAUGUAAAUGAAUGUUGCAAAGGAUAUGGAGUGAGGCAGGCAGAAGAACAUCCCUGUUGGAUUUAAAAGAAAAUUGGCCAAACACUUAAAGCAGAAAUAUUCAUUUGGGGAGUUGGGUGGUGGUAUGCAUGAAGGGAGAGGGGAACUUGUGGGGGCAAAGAACAAGAACAAUUGUUAUCUUGACUCCGUGAUUGGGUGGAGAUAAUCUUCCAGACUCUGAAGGAGUUCAGCAUGGAAUGUUUCCCUUAGGUUUUUUUACACCGUUAAAGUUUAUCUACAUUCACAAAUGGGCUGGGUACCCAGACUCUUUCUGAGGGAAAGGGAAAAAAGUGAAUUGAAAAACUUUGGCAUAAAUAAAUCAGAGAUGCACUUUUUGAGAAUAUUUGUGUGAUGUGUGAAUGGCAGAAACUUAUUUAGAAGCUAGUGAUCUGUUCUUUGUUGUAAAGUAGAAGGAUGAUGGGAUUAGUAGAUUGGCAAACCAUGAUUUAUUUUAACCCUGUUUCUCUCAUACCUUUCCCUAACACAAACCCAUGUGAAAGGCUGAAUUGGGGCACUUGGAUGUCUUUUUAUAACUGAGAAACCUGGAGUCAAAAUUUCUUGCAGUUUAAAGGAAGCUAAUAUUCACAUAGAUUAAUUUAUAUUGUGAUAAUAUAAAACUCAUUAAACUUUGCACUUUGCAUUUAUUAAACAGAAUGUUCAGAGAUGGGAAGUGAUGUUUGGUUUGGUAAAAUUUUAUAUCAGUUUUUUUUUAAUGUUUCUUGAUUUUUUUUCUGCAAAGUUCAUGUCAACAAAACAAUUAUCUCUAUUUAGAGUCUGCUAACACCAAUAUAUGCAAAUUUGGAGGGCUGUAAGAAAGACUUGUAGGGCAUCUGGUUACAAACAUUGAAUUGUGUACAGCUCAUGCAUUUGAAGAAAUGUUUGGGAGACUGGUCGGAUGGAUUUGCCAGCUGCUAUGGUGCUGGCAUCUGCCAUGUGAGUACUUUGCAUAAACAUCUGAAUAGUCAAGUUAAACACCCCAGUUUAACUACACAUAGCUUUUGGAUGGCUUAUGUUUUAUAUAAAUAUAUCACUGGGAGAUUGCAUUUCUAACGUGUGAACUGUUUGGGUUCUCUGGAAUGGAACCCUGUAUUCAUUACCUCAGUUACAUAGACUCUUGCACGAAACUCAGUCUGGUGUAUAAUUUAACUGAUUUCAAUUAGUGAGCUUCCCAAUCUCGGGUAAUACUGUUUUGUGUAAAGUGAUUUGCAUUUAGUUACAUGCAUGUAAUUAGAAGCUGGAUCCUUGGAAUGUUGAAAUUAUAGGAUCACCAGUAACUUAGAAAGAUCUACAAAUACAGCACUGCUCUCUAAGUGACUUUAAUUUAAUUCAUCAGGAAUUGCUAUUCUGUUUUCAUGUUAUUGAUAUCCAGAAACUUGGUAACCCAGGUAUGCGCAUGCAGUAGCUUCUGUUAAUUGUAUUAUAUUGUGUAUACGUGUAAAUACUUGUGUAUAUAGUAUUAAUCAGUAAAUAUACAGUGGAUAUCUAUUUACCAUGGUAGUAAAAUGUAUUAUAUGAUUGAACUGGAUUUGUUUGUACAGAUUUUACACUUGCAUUUGAACCAUGUUUUUAUUUUACAACCUGGAGAACCCCAUAGAUGGGAUUUAAUUACAUUACAGAGCGUACCAGAUGUUGUAUAUCUCUGAAGAUACUAUAGGACUACCCAUAUAAAUUCAACCUGCUGUGAUUUAAAAAAAUAUAUCUAAAAUUCAAGUCUUUGCAAUGAAAUCCUAUUCGCGUCUGUAAAAUUAAUUGCUCUGUGUAGUCACUGGGUGGUUUUGAACAUAUUGAGAACAUAAUGUUACUGUGCUUUGAGGGCACAAAUUACAGGCAUAAUAUUUGUGUUCAGCCUCAAAAGCUCUGAAGCUUUGGUAUUUCUAUGGUGCAAAAAAGUGACUGAAUAAUGAAACCUAAAGCUGUGAACAAACUAACCACGUUCAAUUUAAUAUAUACACACAGUGCUAUAAAUUGAUGUGCUUGUUUGAAUUAGUACCCAGAUGUGCUGCUCGCACUCAAAUAUCCACAGUUAGACAAAUGUGAAUUAGUGUUAUAUUUAAUAAACAACGGCAUUAUGUGGUGAUGCUGACGUUUCUUGCUGGCCAUUUCAUGCCACACGAAUAAGCUUUUUAGUGUUGGAGUAAUAGGAGUAUAUAUUUUAAUUGUGGCUCUUUGAGUGUGUAAUAUAUUAAUAUCAUGAAGAUAGUUGAAAAGAACAACACUUUUGUUAACUAUUGUCAUCUAUAGGCAUGGUGGUACAGUGAUUGUCAUUAGACUUCUAAUUCAGGCUAUACAAUUCUAAAUCAUAUGCCACUUUGAUCAGAAUUUACAUUCAUUACUUUGAGGUUAUUGAUAAUCGAUCUUUUCAGAAUGGACACCAAUUAUUUUAACCUGGAUAUGACUUGUCUCACAGAAAAGUAAAUUACUUUGAACUAUCUCCUGAAAUGGAGUGCUUAAUGCCUUUCAUAUAAAAUGGUUAAUGGAAUUAAUUCUUGCUGUGAACUAGGAAAAGGAGUUUUGAUUGGCUCAGAUGCCUUUUGAUCAAAUUUGGAUAUCUGUUGGGUUAAUUGUUCUAUGUUCCAAAGCAGUCAGAAUGGAAUGUGAGCAACAAUGUACAAGCUGUUCUUGUUUAAAAGAAAUCGGAGAAUCAUACUAUAAUAAUCAUCAAAAUAGCAUAAAGCUAUGUUUUUUCUCAAAUGGGUACUUUGUCCAAUUAGAUUUGGUAAGGUGAACAUUGAUAUUUUCUGUUGUAUAUGAAUAUUAAUAUUAGCAUUUUGCUUAUGUACUUCAGGUUUUAAUUUUCUUUGAAAGCCAUCAGCACAUUUUUCUUAGAAUCUCCAUUCUCUUCCCUCCAGUGUCUCAAUUGGAUGCACAGAAUGGAAGGUGUUUGUAUGAUGCUGGAUACAAUGCAUUUUAAAAUAAAAUGGAUAUGUAGAUGUUUUUGGGUAAUGCAUGAUUAAACCAGCAUGUAAAAAGCUGAAACUGUAAUCUUUCAUUACUAAAUAAAAAUAUUUACAUAAUUUUC